CCUGGCCGUCUCCUGGGCCUCCACGGGAUAUAUUGUGCCGAUGGACUCGGGCCCGGCCCAAGUGGAGACCCGGAGGAGAUGGCUCCAGGGAAGAAGCGAGGCAGCAAGGCCAAGGGGGCCCCGGCGCCGGCGGCGGCGAGCGGCGGUGCCGCCGGCGGAGGGGAGUUCCCGGGGUGCCUCCGCCUGAUGCCGCCGUCCACCGUCGCCAUCUCCGUCCACGCCAAGCCCGGCUCCAAGAUGGCCACCAUCACCGAGAUCGGGGAGGAGGCCGUCGGUGUGCAGAUCGACGCGCCGGCCAGGGACGGCGAGGCCAACGCCGCCCUCGUCGACUUCAUCAGCUCGGUGCUUGGGGUGAAGAAAAGAGAGGUGUCCAUCGGCUCCGGCUCGAAAUCGAGGGAGAAGGUCGUGCUAGUGCAGGAUGCGACACUCAAAGGCGUCUUGGAGGCCUUGAACAAGGCGUGCGGCCCUUGAUGAUGUAUGUUAACUGCGAGUAUGUAAUAGUAUAACCUGGCUGAGCAGAGUGUAUCAGCUGUAGGAACCGGUGCUCUUUCUCCCGUAUAAAUCGUCACCAUGCCGGUGAGAACGAGGAACCUGGUAAAAGGCUGAAACCAUGGGCACGGCCAGUCUUGUUGUCACUGAGAUCGUCAUGGGGAACUGCUCUUUUCUGAAGAAAAUGUAACGGAGAUGUAUGUAUAGUACAGUAGUGUGCAUGACAGGCUGAGCCUCUGUAUUGCCAUUUGACAUUUGGUGCGUCUAUUUGACAUAAUGCUUGAUCAUCUUGGAGUUGUGUGAUAUUCUUCAAUUUCAUGUCCCCCUUCUUUUC